AUGGCAGAUAAAAUUCAAACAUUUCUUGAGAAGAACAACCUUUCACAGUAUGUCAACAAGUUCAUGGAGCUUGGGUAUGAUGAUCUAAAGCAACUCUUGGACAUGCAGCCAGAGGAAAUUAUGGAUGUUUUGAAAGAAGUUGUCCUGUAUGACAAGUCGGUCAUCAGUGUCAGCGAAAACGAUUUCUAUCUGCAUUCUGCAAUAGAAAUUUUGAGUUCGAAGACCAAACAUGGAGUACAGGAUAAAAACAUGGCAAGCCAGCCUACUACACCAAUGUCGAGUGUUUCCCACAAAUAUGUUACAACUUGUAAGUAUAUAUAUUUUAACAUAUUUUGCCUAGCGGAUAUUAAAAACAAAGAGAAUUUUGGAAAAACCGAGGGCCAACAACAGCCAAAGAUUUGUGGAUUCCUAAUCCUGGAAAGCCAAUGA